AGUGCCACUACGACCAUGGGCUUCACCAUCUCCUCCCUCUUCUCCCGUCUCUUCAGCAAGAAGCAGAUGUGCAUUUUGAUGGCUGGAUUGGAUGCUGCUGGCAAGACGACCAUUCUGUAUAAACUGAAGUUAGGAGAGAUAGUCACCACCAUUCCUAUCAUUGGUUUUAAUGUGGAAACAGUAGAAUAUAAGAACAUUUGUUUCACAGUAUGUGAUGUUGGUGGUCAAGAUAAAAUUAGGCCUCUCUGGGGGCAUUACUUCCAAAGUACCCAGGGUCUUAUUUUUGUGGUCGAUAGCAAUGAUCAUGAAAGAAUUCAGGAAGGAGCAGAAGAGCUGCAGAAAAUGCUUCAGGAAGAUGAGCUGCGAGAUGCCAUGUUUCUGCUUUUUGCAAGCAAACAGGAUUUGCCGAAUGCUAUGGCCAUUAGUGAAAUGACAGAUAAAUUAGGUCCUCAGUCUUUUCGUAACAGAACGUGGUAUGUUCAAGCCACUUGUGCUACACAAGGAACUGGUCUGUAUGAGGGACUUGACUGGCUGUCAAAUGAGCUUUCAAAACGUUAAAUGAAACUCGAUAUCUAACCAAGGACAUGUUUGAUGGAAUCGGUCUAGGCUUGUUACAACGAAAUUAGUUUGCAUCUUGGUUAUUAAACAGUAUCUGGGACUGGUUUGGGCAGAAUAGUACAGCGUUUU